UGACUGGCCUCCGCUGUUAAUACUGACUACAUGAGUGGCCAUAAGUAUAAAAAUAAGCCAAAACGGUAUAGGCUACUUAGUCAAGCUUCUUCUUCACAGAAGGCUCUGGGAAUCUCAUCGCUGUGAUAAAUGCGACAACGCCGCCGGAUCUGUGCUGAAGGAACGCGGUGUGUCUUUAAGACCCUGCGGAGCCCCGGUAACCCCACACGGCUCGUUGUCCGUACUCUCCCGACUCUCUCUGUAGUUAUUUGAGGGAGGCGCUAGAGCCAUAUCUCCCCUUUACAAAAAAAAAAGGCAGAAGUAACGGCACUGUCUUGAGAGAACAAUUCAAGCCAAAGACAAGACUCUCGCGUCUCUCUCUCUGUCCGUGGCGUCGGAGUGUGCGCGGCCGAUGCGCUGCAGGCUGAAGCGUUCCGAGGCUCGUAUCCUGCGCUCUCCCUCUGCUGAGUAUAUGUGGAGCUCGAGACGCACUUCUAUGAGAAUCCCCGCUGAACGGAGAGACGAAGUUUGGUUGUUUUCCUAAACCGGGGGUGCUGCGGAGAGUCGAGGCGAGAGAGAGAGAGAGGGCGAAAGAUGGGUUUGAACAGCCUCCCGUGCGUCCUGGUUUCGCUGUGCUUGGUUUUUUUCUCGUCUCCUCCGUGCAAAGCUCGGAUUUACACCAACCACUGGGCUGUUCGGAUAGCCGGCGGACCUGAGCAAGCGGACCAUAUCGCCAAUAAAUAUGGGUAUAGGAACCUGGGCCAGAUCGGUGAUCUGAAGGACUACUACCAUUUCUUCCACAGCCGGACGAUAAAAAGGUCGACGCUUUUCAGCAGAGGCGCGCACAGCUUCAUCUCCAUGGAGCCAAAGGUGGAGUGGGUGCAACAGCAGGUGGUGAAGAGGAGAACAAAGCGAGAUUAUAAACCCUCAUAUCCUGGUCCUGUACAGUCCAGUAUGGUCCAGUCCAGCGCCAUUUACUUCAAUGAUGCUAAAUGGAGCAGUAUGUGGUACAUACACUGUAAUGAUAACAUCAAUAACUGUCAGUCUGACAUGAAUAUCGUGGGCGCGUGGAAGAGAGGCUAUACGGGGAAGGAUGUGGUGGUUACCAUUCUGGAUGACGGUAUCGAGAGGAACCACCCAGAUCUCAUCCAGAACUACGAUAAUGAGGCCAGUUAUGAUGUGAACGGUAAUGACAUGGAUCCCAUGCCCCGAUAUGAUGCCAGUAAUGAGAACAAGCAUGGCACGAGGUGCGCUGGUGAAGUAGCGGCAUCUGCCAACAACUCGCACUGCACAGUGGGCAUCGCUUACAAUGCCAAGAUUGGGGGUGUCCGCAUGUUGGACGGAGAUGUGACAGACAUGGUAGAGGCCAAAUCACUGAGUCUACACCCUCAACACAUAGAUAUUUACAGUGCCAGCUGGGGUCCAGAUGAUGACGGCAAAACCGUGGAUGGGCCCGCUUCCCUCGCCAGACAGGCCUUUGAAAAUGGCAUCAGACAGGGCAGGAAAGGACGGGGUUCAAUCUUUGUUUGGGCAUCAGGAAAUGGCGGUCGGAGUCGCGAUCACUGUUCAUGUGACGGCUACACCAACAGCAUCUACACGAUAUCCAUCAGCAGCACGGCAGAGAGCGGCCGCAAGCCCUGGUAUCUGGAAGAGUGCGCCUCCACCCUCACCACCACCUACAGCAGCGGAGAGAACUACGACCGCAAAAUCAUCACAACCGAUCUAAGGCAGCGCUGCACAGACAGUCACACUGGAACAUCAGCGUCAGCGCCGAUGGCAGCAGGGAUCAUAGCUCUUGCUCUGGAAGCAAAUCCUUUCCUGACGUGGCGAGAUGUACAACACAUAAUAGUGAAGACAUCUCGUGCUGGCCAUCUCAGCGCUCCUGACUGGAAAACCAAUGCCGCUGGUUAUAACGUCAGUCACCUGUAUGGCUUUGGGCUGAUGGACGCGGAGGCCAUGGUGAAAGAUGCGGAGCGCUGGAAACAGGUUCCCCCACAGCACAUCUGUGUGGAGAAUGCCGAUAAACAAAUCAGAACCAUCCGUCCAGAGCAUGUCGUUCGUUCGGUGUACAAGGCAACAGGCUGCACGGAUAAUGCAAACCAUCAUGUUAUUUAUCUGGAGCAUGUGGUCGUACGUAUAACAAUUACACACCCACGGCGAGGAGACCUGUCAAUCAACCUAACGUCACCAUCAGGGACAAAGUCACAGCUGCUCGCCAAUAGGCUGUUUGAUCACUCAAUGGAGGGCUUUAAGAACUGGGAAUUCAUGACAACUCACUGCUGGGGAGAGAAAGCUGGUGGAGACUGGAUACUAGAGAUCUAUGAUUCUCCUUCCCAACUCAGGAGCCAGAAAGCACCAGGCAAGCUGAAAGAGUGGUCUCUGAUACUUUAUGGCACCUCCGUGCAUCCGUACUCAUUCCGCAGUGACAAGCCUCGCUCACUGGCGGAGCCUCAGCCUGAUGACGAGUACAGUGAGGAGUAUGUGGGCUUGUGCCACCCUGAGUGUGAGAACGGCUGUGAGGGUCCAGGGCCUCAGCAGUGCAUCACUUGCCUCCACUACUUCCUCAAGUUCAAGAACAACACCAGGAUGUGUGUACCUGAGUGUCCGACUGGGUUUUUCCGGGACGAUAAGAAGCGCUGUAAGAAGUGCUCUCCGCUGUGCGAGUCCUGCAUCGGCAGCCGCAGUGAUCAGUGUUCAACCUGCCGCUCGGGUCUGUUCCUUGUGGAGGGAGGAAACAACUGUGCCAGCUCCUGUCCUGACGGCUUCUACCUGGACCUGGACUCCACCAUGUGCUGGAAAUGCACCGAGAAUUGCAAGAAAUGCACAUCUGCGAACAUCUGCACAGAAUGCCAGACUGGUCUCAGUCUACAGGGGAAUAAGUGUCAGCUGAGCUGUGAACCUAGCACCUAUUAUAAUGGGCAUCGGCGGGCAUGUGAAAAGUGCCACUCGACUUGUGCCACCUGUGCAGGAACUGGCAUGGAAGCGUGUAAUGAGUGCGCUCCGGGCUAUUACUUUGAGGACUGGCGCUGCGUCUCCAGCUGCAGUGUGGGAUAUUACUUGACAGAACAAACGACAGACAACGGAGAUGUCCAAAAGUCUUGUCAAAAGUGUGAUCCUACCUGCUACGCCUGCGCAGGACCGGGGGAGAGGAACUGCAGCACCUGCGUGAGCGGCUAUAACCUGGAAAACGGCGUGUGUGUCGUCAGCACCAUCUGCAAAGAUGCAAAUGAAGAAUCGUGGGCUGAGGGAAGUUUCUGUGUGCUAGUGAAAAAGAACAAUCUGUGCCAGAGGAAGGUUCUGCAGCAGCUCUGCUGUAGAACAUGUUCUCUAAAGGGCUGAAGGAACUUUUCCGGCUCCACUUGCCCCUCACGUUCCGCUAAUUUAUAUUCCAGUCGGGAACCUCGAAUACGGGACUACAUCGUGAGGUUUCCCGAUGCCAGAACUACAACAAACCUACCUUUAUCUCUGUGUGUCUGUAUGUAUGUGUGUGUGUGUGUGUGCGUGCGUAUGUGUGAGUGUGUCGACAGAAGCUGUCAGGGUGGUGCGACUGGGAUCAGUAAUAAACGGCAAAUCAUACAUGUCAGUAUUUUGUGACCAAAGCAUGGAUGCCAAAUUUUUUUAACCUUUUUCUUCGUUUUGGGUCCAAGAGAAGAAUUUGGAGCGACAUGCUAAGCGUUGAAGCGGCGGUUCUGUAUUUUUCCACAGUUUCACGCAUGCUGAUGACAACAAUGAUCAAAGCCAGUUUGUGCAUAUUCUGAAAUAAAGCGCACUCAGAGAACCUCUCCGAGUUUCAGCAAGACCUCUGUGAGCAAAAGGGACGCAUAAACCAUAGCACAGGUUCAUCCACUGACCUUCAUGACUGCAGUCAAAUCAAUAGCUGACUCCGGAGGUACAAGGUACAAUAAGUACUUCCUGAAGCGAUAAGUAUUGUACUAACACUAAUGACCUGCCGUUUAGCCUCGCGAUGAGAUGAAUGCCGUCACGUCAGGUGGUCUCACUGUUCUGAAAUUCUUCACCUCAGGCUCAUAUCUCAUACUUUUUUUGCGUGCAUGUGUGUUUUUGUUUCAUCAUCGUUGCAAGUGGGAAAAAUAGGUUUUCGUGAAACCUAAACGUAAGUUAGUGAGCCCUGAAGAAUCGUUGACUGGGCUGAAGUACAGGUUUUAGUCGUGGUAGCUGAAAUGAGGUUUGAAACACUUAUCAGGCCUUUAUGAUAUAUUUUUAAAAUAAAUCCUUAAACAUGCAUUUUUAUAUCUCGCCACUUCAAAAAAACAACUCUACAAUAUUAAUCCUAAAUGAUUCAUGUGAAAUAAGGAACUUUAAAAUGUGUGUCUGGGUAGAUCAGGGUCAACAGCCUGAAAUAAAUGCGUUUGGUAUUACGAUGGUUUUAUGUGUCGGGUUUCAGAUGCUUUCCCCAUAACUAUUUAUAUUUUAUUGAUUCAUCACGGAAAUGAAAAGUUAAACUGCUCCAUUUUAAAUUGACUUGGCCACCUAAAAUAAUUCGUUAUUCCAGGUCUUUAUGAAAGUAAAAAGUCUGUGAUUCACAUACUUAACUGGUGCUAUUGACAUAAUCGAGCUAUUAGAAAUUGUUUUUGAAUUCACAUUUGUGUCUUGAGUCCAACAAGUAUUUGUGAAUUCAAAUCAAGUCUAGAUUUUCAUUUGUUCACAUUGGCCAUAUUUACUGUAUCUCCAUAUUGCAGUAUCUUGGGAAACGGAAAAAAAUACUUGAGGGGAGUAAGGUACGUAGUAACGUUUUACUAAAGGUCAGAAACGAGGUGAAAUGUUUAGUUAUACUAAUAGUACUACACAACACAAAUUAGACUUCUACAUUCAUUAAGGACAUGUUUGACCAAUCCGCUUUUGCGCAAUGUUAAGGGGAUUUCUAUGUCUUUUAUUUAUGAAUGGUGUGGUUUAAGAUGACGUAGCCUUUUAUUUAUGAAAACGAUUUAUAAAUGGUCAUAGUUCAAAUGAGUUGUGUUUUGUGGAUGGGAUUGUCCAACCACUUCAUGCUAAUUGUGUAUUCAUGACACACACAAAAAAAGUUAUAGUAUGAUUGUACGUUUUCUGCGAACUCAAUACAUGCACCGUUACAUAACUAAUGUUAUAUAGGAUUACGGGAAUCAGUCUAUGUUCAGAUGUGUUACAUUUACUCUGUUCUGGCAACGUUAUUUCUUAAUGUAUAUAUGUAUUUUUAUCACUAUUAACCUUAAAUAUAUUUUGCACCCACGUUGAAUUGAAAUAAGGGGGAAAUGGAUGAUCAAGUUUUCUAAAAUUAUUUUAUAUUUCUUUUUUUAGCCAACCGCCAUGACCAGUUAGUCUAGAUGAAGAUGUGUUGUAGUCAGGGCCAAGAAAAAUGUUUUAUCAUGUAGAGAAGACUGGACGAAACAAAUGGUUUACUGAUCUUUUUAUUAAUGAACUUUAAAAUAAAAACAAGACUCAGAGAUUAAAUGAGACUACUUUUGUUUACUCGUUUAGAUGCUGGGCUUAUAAUUUUCACUUGGUGGAUAAAUUGGGCGAAACAGUCACAUAGACUUGCACAGAAGUAGUGACCCGAGUCAUAUAUAGAGUUCAGAAAGUCAUAGAGCUCUUUUGAC